AUGCCCCCUCGACAUACCCUCAGCAUGCCCCCUCAACAUACCCUCAGCAUGCCCCCUCGACAUACCCUCAGCAUGCCCCCUCGACAUACCCUCAGCGCGCCCCCUCGACAUACCCUCAGCGCGCCCCCUCGACAUACCCUCAGCGCGCCCCCUCGACAUACCCUCAGCGCGCCCCCGACAUACCCUCAGCGCGCCCCCUCGACAUACCCUCAGCGCGUCCCCUCGACAUACCCUCAGCGCGUCCCCUCGACAUACCCUCAGCGCGCCCCCUCGACAUACCCUCAGCGCGCCCCCUCGACAUACCCUCAGCGCGCGCCCCCUCGACAUACCCUCAGCGCGCGCCCCCUCGACAUACCCUCAGCGCGCGCCCCCUCGACAUACCCUCAGCGCGCGCCCCCUCGACAUACCCUCAGCGCGCCCCCUCGACAUACCCUCAGCGCGCGCCCCCUCGACAUACCCUCAGCGCGCGCCCCCUCGACAUACCCUCAGCGCGCGCCCCCUCGACAUACCCUCAGCGCGCGCCCCCUCGACAUACCCUCAGCGCGCGCCCCCUCGACAUACCCUCAGCGCGCGCCCCCUCGACAUACCCUCAGCGCGCGCCCUCGACAUACCCUCAGCGCGCGCCCCCUCGACAUACCCUCAGCGCGCGCCCCCUCGAUUCGAGCCCUGGUUUUAACUUCAGGUCACAGUUGUAAAUGA